GUUGUCGCCUCUCAGGAUGGCAUACCACAACGAUGGCUUCUCGUCUCAUCCGGAACCAGAAGAUAUUUCUACUAUAAGUGGGAACUUAGAACAUCUUUGUGAAGAAAAUCAAACAAGAAACAAAGUUAAAAAAGUUGAUGAUGAUGACGAUGACGAAUCUUUUUGGAUGGGCUGGUACCAGCAGAUGCGAUCGCAGUUCGGGCUCCACGACAACGGACUCAACCUGUCCGCUACGAUCCUCUUCAUCCUGGCACCGGCCCUCCUGUUACCAUCGCUCCUCGUACCCUCGCCGCCUCUCUUCGUCGCCAUCCCUGCCCUGGCCUGGACCGCGGGUCACCUCAGCGAGCUGGUAGGACUACCACCAACACCGAUGAUGCUGGUCGUUGGCGUCGCCUUCAGGGCUCUGGGGUGGUUCGAGCCCAGUCCGGUUUGGAGGCGGUUCAUCUAUAUGAGCAGAUACAUUGCUGUAGCAACAGUCCUUUCUAAAAGUGGUCUUGCAUUGACACGUUUUCCAAACAUUUCUUUGGCUAUAAUACCAUGUACAGCGGAAGCAGUUGGGAUAGCUGUCCUCUCAUACUAUUUCCUUGGAUUUCCAUGGCUCUGGGGAUUAGCUUAUGGAUAUGCAGUAAGUACAGCCUCCUCCAGUGUUAAUGCGGAAAAACUGGCACAAUUAAAAUCUGAGGGGUAUGGUCCUAAGGAAAUCUACCAGCUGAUUUUUCCUGCGUCCACAGUAGAAAACAUAUAUUCAAUCACUGGAUUUGCAGUUUGCGUAGCGAUGAUUUUUUCAGAAGGAGGUCAGUCAACGUUUCAAUAUUCACUUUAUAAAUAUAAAAUGAGAACUUUUAAUAAAGUAUUAUUAUUAAGGAAGAAGUAA